AUGUUACAUCCACGCUCUCGACGCAUGGGAGCUAGCAUUCACCCUUAUUUGGGCAUUAAAAACAAACAACAAGACACAUGUCGCACCAUGUCACGGCGAGUUUACAUGAUUGAUUAUAAUUUAACAAUUGUCAUCUUAUAUGUUUACUGUUUGCACUAUUACGCCACUACAGAUGAAGGCAUAUCAAACAGCUUGAGCACAAUGGUUUUGUGCCACUAUACGGAUAUGAUUAUAGAUUUAUAUUACCAAGAUUGUGUACAGAUUUUAUCUUUGAUAUUAGCUUUAUUACAAAUAGGUUAUCCAACUUUUAAUUUCAGGUUGACACGAGAAUCUGGCCGCUACAAAGAUGAACUAGACAUAAUGAAAUAUAUCUGCAAAGAUUUAUGGGUAACUGUAUACAAGAAACAAAUUGACAACUUGAGAACCAAUCAUCAGGGAGUUUAUGUCCUUCAUGACAACCGAUUCCGUUUUCUCUCACACAUGGCUACAGGAAAGCAGUAUCUUCAAUAUGCCCCCAGGUAUCUUGCCUUCACAUGUGGACUUGUGCGUGGAUGCCUUGCCAACCUGGGGGUCACCUGUGUGGUAACAGCAGAAGUGACACAGCUCCCUGCCUGCAAGUUCCAAAUUCAAGUUCAGCGGGGAUGAUAGACAUGAACUUUUUUUUUUUGUAACAUGCAUCUCUUUAUUUAAUUAGUUAUAUAUAUGUAUCCGUAUGUAUAUGUGCACCUGUAAGGUUUCUUUAAGUAUGUUUAGUUAUUAGAAGGAUAAUCUUUUUUUUGUAUAUUUAUGUUACUGAAUAUUGAUUGAUGUGGUAUGUCACAAGGUUCUAUGACUGUAUGUAGAUAACUUUCUAGAUAUUUAUAGAGACAGAUCUUUACAUUAUUAAAUACAAAGGAUGCUUUUAUAUUCAUAUGGAUGAUAACAUAAAUGUCUUCUAUGUGCUCCUCCAUUCUUUUCAUAGUCUGUUGAAAGUAUAUUAUUUAUUUCCUUGGUGUAUAUUACAUGCCCCACCUAGG